AUGUCUAAGGGAUUGUGUGAUGCAAUUAAUUUGGCUGAUAAUUAUAUUUUUGGUGAUCCGAACAACUCGAGAGAAAAUGGUUAUGAGAGUUUUUUUGAUUCAUAUUGUCCCGAUGAUAACUGCGAUACUGAUAACAACAAAGUUAGUUCUACUUUUAUAUCAUUACUAAAAAUUUUUGAGGAUGAAAGUUUAGAGAGUGAUAAACUUGCUGAAUACGCUAGUUUAUGGUUAAGUCAUAAAGCAAAUCAAAAACCACAAAAUGGAACCACCAAAUUAUACGAUUUUUAUACUAGUUAUGUAUUAACAAAUAAUAAAUAUGAUGAUAAAAUAUUUACUAAUAAUAAGAUUAAUAUGGAAGUUAUAUCUAAAAAAAUAGAAUCGAUGGAUAUUGAUAUUAAAGAUAUAUCUAAUUUUUAUGAUGCAUUUAAAUCAUUAUGUAACAUGUAUAGUGAAUUUGAUCCAGAAAAAAAUAAUGAAUGCAAGACAUGUUUAGAAACUGCUGGAGAAUUGGUUGAAAAAUAUGAAAAACUUAAAAAUGCUUUAGAUAUUAAUAAAGGAAGUUCUUAUUAUAAACUAUUGUCUAGUUUAUCAAAUGAUUAUAAAAUUUAUGGACAAAUAUAUAAUAGUGUAUGUAAUAAUUCCUCACCAUUUGUAGCUUGUCCACGAAGUUCAGUAACAAAAAAUACACUAAUUACAAUUGCAAUUAUAUUUGUUGCAGCAUCAAUUUUAUUGGUAGUUUCUUAUAAGUAUUCGUUAUUUGGUUUUCGGAAACGAUCUCAAAAACACCAUUUAAGAGAAAUGCUAAAAAAAUAA